AUGGAGAAACUUUUCAAAUCAAUUGAGGACCGCAUCAUAGCCAAACUCUCCAGCCAACUUUCUGCUGACCAAGCAACCAUUGAUCGUCAUGACCAAUCAAUUCAGCAUAUGGAGAUGUCACGUAAUGACAUGGAGACUAGACUGGCAACCCUCGAGUCCACCUGCAUCGCCCUGUCUAAGGACAACGAUGCCCUCAAAUUUAAGAUAGACGACUUGGAAAACAGAUCGAGACGCAACAACAUCCGCAUUACUGGCUUACCUGAAAAAGUUGAGGGCGCCCAUCUAACUGCUUUUAUGGAGGUAUUUCUGAGAGAAAUGUUCAGCCCAGAGGCUUUUCCUACUCCUCCAUCUGUCGACAGAGCCCACAGAAUCGCCACCCUCCGCAAGAAGCAAGAUGACCCCCCGCACCCGCCCAAGAAAAACAUCAGUUUUCGUCCGUUCUUAUCGGCCAUAUCACUCGAUGCGGAAAAAGCCUUCGAUCGAGUUGAAUGGAAAUAUUUGUUUUUAGCCCUAGAGAAAUUUGGCUUUGAGGAAUCCUUUAUAUCCUGGAUAAAACUCUUCUACUCUCAACCUCUAGCAGCUGUGAUUACUAAUGGUCAGCAGUCUGAAUACUUCCCACUCGGCAGAGGCACUCGCCAGGGCUGCGGCUUGGAGAUCACAGACCCUGGGCAGGUAGUGUACAAAGAAGACAGAAUCAGUGGAGUGGUGGAACAUGAAGUAAUCCUGAAAUGUGGCCCCACCCUCCCUGAUGUCUACAUCUGGAGCUUCACCAAACCAGGCACCCAGAUGAUUCGAGCCGUGGUGUAUAACUUUGGAAAGGGCCCAAAGCUGCAGCAACUGGCCCAGGACUUGGGUGACCUGAACAUCAGUAACAGUGCCUCUCUGUACAUAGAGAAGGUUCCUUUAGUCGCAGAAGGAUUAUACACUUGCCAGGCUCUAUUUGACACUGCUGAAGGAGCCACGCUUUACUACUACUACAUGUAUCUGCGUGUUCUAGUGCCAGUCUCCAAACCAUAUAUUUUGCAAAGUGACUCCUCAGCAGUUGAAGGUUUGUCAUUUUGGAUGCAGUGCAGUCUGGAAAAUGGCACAGAACCCAUACAUUAUAUCUGGGAACAGGAAAACCACAGUGGAAAGGUCAGCAUAUUGGCUGAGAGCAACAGCAGUCUGAUUAACAUGACUUUGGUGACCCGUAACCACACAGGUUGGUACAGGUGCCUGGUCAGGAAUGAGGUCAAUGAGCAGCGCAGUGACCGGAUCUGGAUGAAUGUCAUAUUUGGACCUGAUCUUCCUCAGAUAUAUGGCACAACAUAUUCAGUAACAUCCAAAGGAUAUUCAGUCCUGGAAAAAAGAAACAUCUCCCUCAUGUGUCAAGCCUCCUCUAACCCUCCAAGCCAGUACGUCUGGUUCUACAACAACUCAGAGAUCUACUCUGGACCACAGCUCACCAUCACCAACAUCCUACGUAUAGACACAGGCUACUAUGCCUGCUUGGCCCAGAACACUUACCUUAACACCCGUUCUUCAAAAACCAUCAUCCUCACUGUCUACUAUCCUCCAGAUGGUGUGCCAACUUGUUCCAUCUUCCCAGUGAAGAACUACACUGACUUGGCCCUCUUCUGCUCAUGGAAGGGAGGUUAUCCUCCAGCUACUCUCAAAUGGAGUUCAUAUGUGAAUGGUGAGAAUGGACAGGGUGUCACUAAUGUCACUCAGAUUCAGCCAGGUCUGGAGACUGCUAACAACUCCGUAUAUACCUGCUAUGGCUCACAUGUUGCACUAAACUUCACUCAGACCUGCAGCACCAGGACAUGGCUGCCAUAUGGAGUACCCCAGUGUUCUGCAAAUUCUGGCCGUAGCAUUGAGUACCUCACAUUGUCCUGUUCAUGGGAGGGUGGAUUCCCUCAGGUUCUGAUAUGGUGGGUUUCCAGUUCUGGAGAGAUGCAGGGUACAUCUAAGGAAGCCACCAACAUCUUGAUCUUGAAUUCAAGUACUACAUACAAUGGCAAAACCUUUGCGUGUCAUGCCAAACAUCCAUUGAUUAAAGAAAGCAACCAGUGUGUCAUCAAAUUGGAGGCACCAGUAUUAAUGACUCAGCACAGUGUGGUUUCAGUGUAUGAGGGUAGUGACGUCCAGCUCACCUGUAUUCUGAGUAAAAGCUACCCACCAGCCACAGAGAUCUCCUGGUAUAACAACUCAAAACACAAUGUUGAUGAGACACCCUGGAAAUAUGUCCUGCACCAAAAUGGUGCCUGGUAUAACCUGACAGUAAGGGAGACAGACAGCAAGGUGGACAGUGGAGAGUACUGGUGUUCAGCAGCUAAUGCUAUUGGAGGAGCAGAGAUUCCCAUUUUGCUUCUAGUGAUGAGAUACCCAAUGCCUCCAAAUGUAACAAUCAGUAAGCUCAUAUACAGUGGGCGUCAGAGAACAGAUGUUAAUAUGGAAUGGCUAAUUCAGACAGAUGUUAACCUCACUGGGUUCUUCAUUGAGUAUCAGAGGCUCCCUGUCCCUGUAGGGAGGCGUGAUAUUGACCCCCUCUGGCAAAAAGUGGCAGAAAAUCUGCAGCCCAGCACCCGCAGCUACCAGAUCACCAAUCUGGAUCCAACCAGAAAAUAUGCAUUCCGUGUAACAGCAGUCAAUCAUCGAACUGUUGGAAAUCCUGCAGAGGUCACAAGUCCAGGUGAGAACUGA